AUGAAAAAAGUAGUAUCAGCAGGACCACCAUUAUAUAAAUAUGGUAUUAUAUCUUAUGCUAAUUGUAUGUCAACAUGGUUUCAAUAUGAAAGUCUUUUAUAUAUUAGUUUUCCUGUUCAAGUUAUUGCUAAAAGUAUAAAAACAAUACCAGUUAUGAUUGCUGGAAAAUUUGUUUCAGGUAAAACAUAUCCAUUAAGACAAUAUUUAUUGAUGUUAUUAAUGGCUUUUGGUAUUGCACUUUUUUUAUCUGGUUAUCAUGCAAAUGAUACAAUUAAACUAUCAUUAAAAAAAGCUACACAAAAUAUAACAACAAUAAAUGGAUUAAUUUUACUUAUAUUUUAUUUAAUUUUCGAUGCUUUUACAUCAAACUAUCAAAAACAUAUAUUUGAUCAUUAUUCAAUAUCAUUUCUUAAUAUGAUGUUUUUUGUUAAUUUUAUCUCAACAAUUCUUACUGGCACAUCACUUGUUCUUAAUGGUACUCUACUUGAAUGUUUAUUAUUUAUGCAACAACAUAGAUCAUUUUUAAUACAUGCAUUUGCAACAUCAAUAUGUUCAUCAAUUGGACAAUUAUUUAUAUUUUCAACAAUAGAAGAAUUUGGUCCAGUUAUAUUUACAAUUAUAAUGACUGUACGACAAGCAUUUAGUAUUCUUCUAUCAUGUAUAUUCUAUGGUCAUUAUUUAAGUUGGUAUUCGAUUCU